AUGGCCAGAUCCACAACUUCGCAGACGGCUCUGAUCCGAGCUAUGAUUGCCUCUGGCCAGCCCUUCUUAGCCGUGCAGACGUUCGCUGCCGAACUUCGAGCUUGGUGGAAUGCUCACCGUCAAGUACGGCGACCACACCCCUUGCUUCGAAGGCAAGCUGCUCUGAUCGUUGAGAUCGGCAAGCCCAGCUCGCAAGCUCUUCGCGAGAUCACACGCUCCUUGCAGCAACUCGAAGAGCUCUUGAACCGUAUCCAGCCUGACCUUUUGUCUCAGCUCUCUGAUCACGAAAAGCACGCCUUGCAGACGAAGCGUGGCGAGUAUGCCGACUCGCUCGUCGAGCUCUUACGCCUAGUUCGUGGCGGUCGUCUGCCUUUGCCCCCGAUGGCCAGCGCUCCCGAGAUCGCUUGGAUCCUUUCGGCGUGCUGUCGUUUCGAGAAGACGACGCUGCUCGACAAUCCCACGGCAGCACUCGAUGCUGCAGAAAAGCGCAAGCUGCAAGAUGCAGCACAGCUCAUCCGAUACUUCCUAGGCGAAUAUAUGCGAUCACUACCAGAUGGACAGACGCGCUCUGCUGGCAGCCUGCUCAUCGGAGGCAAUCCCGUCGUCAGGCCACCUCUGGGCAUUGCGGUCUACAAUCAGCUUGUCCACUACGCCUUGUCCGUUCUCAGAUCGCCAUCCACCUGCAAAGAGGUCUUUCAGCAUAUGACCCAGCGUCGUCAACCAUCCUUGGAGCCAGACGCGGUCACCUUCAACACGAUCUUGCGUCAGGCCACCACACAGCGUUACGAAGCGCUGGCACGCGCCGUCAUGACCACCACGCGUCCAGAACAACCGCACCUUGGCGCGCCAGGGACCGUCGCUGGUCAGUCCGAGUCGAACAAGGAUGCUGCUCCGGAGGCCAAGACUGGAUCUCAACCGAUCAGACCCAUGCUCCAGCAGAUCGACAAUGCCGUGGUCCAGGCCGACUCCUACCGCCUAGUCUCGCUUCUGCAGUAUGUGACUGCAUCGUCCAUGUUCUUGCGUCGCUACCGCCACGAGCCCGGCCACAUCGGCGUCAAGGAACUGGUCAUGCGUAUCUAUCCCGCGCUCGACAAGAAGCGCCACGGACGCCAACGUGCCACAGAUCCGCUGCAGCUUCACAGGGAUGCGACAUUGCGACCUAAAGCGAACCAGGCUUCCAGGCACGCCAUCCUCAACCCGCACGUCUUGACAGCGUCGCUCAACCUCGCUGCCAAAGCCGGCAAGACGGGCCUGGUGUUGCGCAUCUGGCGUCUCAUCAAGCGAACCAGCUUGCAGAGCGAGCUGCAGUCGCCCACCAACGACGUUGCCGCGGUUCCUUGGAAGAUUCCUGUCGAGGCUGCCACCAUCCUCAUGAGCGUCUUGGCCAACGAAGCGGCAAAGGCGCCAAAGGUCGCACCCGUGCCGCGAAGGCUCCGGCAGCGGCUCUCCCUUGGCAGAUCGCGAACAGCUCCGCAAAGGUCUUCGAAGCUCACCGCUCAUCGACAGUACGCCAGAGGCUGGAACAUCGCCGCCUCGCUUCGUCGCGGCUCAAAUACUGGAGGACUCGGGCCAAAUGGAAGCACGAGUCCCGGCGCAGGCGAGCUCGGAGAGGGUCUUCGUUGGAGGGCUGCACAGCUCUUGGCCAAGCGAGAGUAUGCCUUCCUCGUCUACCACUGGCAGAUGUCGCAGAAGCUGUCGAGUUGGCGACGCAAGAGGGUGGAGAGCUGGAUGCGCAAGGAUCAAAGCGAGACACUGCCCACUGUGGCUGCUGCGGACGCUGAAGAGGCCUCGAGAGUGCAACCUGACUCGAGGUUCUACGACGCGCUGCUGGGUGUCUUCGGUCGUCGAGUAGGCAUGGUGCAGCGCAGCAGGAACUACAGACCGCGUUCUGAACUUCUGUCACAGCUUCGCCGUGGCCACAGGCGAGCCGCGUACGAGAGGAGCUCAUCUCCUCUUUGGUCAGCGGAUCCUUGCGACUCUCUUGCACGUCCGGAAGCGAUCAGUGGAGGCAUCGUCCCGGAGGCGAGCACCUCCGAGCAGCCCGAUCGUGUCACAUUUGUCGAGAACCUGCACCUGCGCUCCACCAACCAGCUCUUGGAAGCAGUCGUCGCUCGCAUCGGCUGGAACUCUCGCGGUCGACGCACAUCUCUGCCACCCGACGCAUUCCUCGUGCGCAUUCUGUUGGACAUGGAAGCGCUGAGCCUUGAUAUCCCCAUCGCCUAUCGAUGGAUCCCAACCCACUGUUCCAUCGCCACGGCUGAUGCGGACUCCAGAGUUGCUGUGCCCGAUCUGCUGCAGAAUGACAACAAGGAACGGAAAAGCAAAGCGGAAACAGGCGCAUUCUCCCCCUACAGGGGACCGCGUAUCAAGACGGUCGGCUUGAUCGCUAGGCGUCGCAACUCGGCACUGGCAGAGAAGAAAGCGGAGGAGAAAGCAAAGAAGUCGUGA